AUGCGGCCGCACAUCUCAGUCGAGGUGCCCAACGGCAACGUGGACAAGGCGUGGCGCACCCUCCAGCGCAAGCUGCGGGAAGAACACUACAUGGAGGCGGCGCAGGCACGCGAGUACUAUGUCAAGCCCAGCGAGCGCCGCAAGCUGCAGGCCUCCGCCUCGGCCAAGCGCUUCCGUGAUCAGGAGUUCAAAGAAAUGCUACAGUGGGUGAUGCGCCGCAAGUCGCGCGGCUUCUAG